AUGGAUGAGGAAUAUGAUGUGAUUGUUUUGGGCACAGGCCUCACGGAGUGCAUUCUGUCCGGGAUUAUGUCGGUGAAUGGGAAGAAGGUGUUGCACAUGGACAGGAACCCGUACUACGGAGGGGAGAGCUCUUCCAUCACACCGCUGGAGGAGUUGUUCACACGCUUCAACAUCCCAGAGAGUCCGCCUGAGUCCAUGGGCCGAGGACGGGACUGGAACGUCGACCUCAUUCCUAAGUUCCUCAUGGCCAACGGGCAGCUGGUGAAGAUGCUGCUGUACACAGAAGUGACCCGGUACCUGGACUUUAAGGUGGUGGAGGGAAGCUUUGUUUACAAAGGAGGAAAGAUUUACAAAGUGCCCUCCACUGAGACUGAGGCGCUGGCUUCAAAUCUGAUGGGCAUGUUCGAGAAGCGCAGAUUCAGAAAGUUUUUGGUUUUCGUGGCAAACUUUGACGAGAACGACUCUAAAACGUUUGAGAGUGUGGACCCCAAAGCCACAACGAUGCGGGAUGUGUAUAAGAAGUUUGACUUGGGACAAGACGUCAUCGACUUCACCGGACACGCCCUCGCCCUCUACAGGACAGACGAUUACCUGGACCAGCCGUGUCUGGACACAAUCAACCGCAUCAAACUGUACAGUGAAUCUCUGGCUCGAUAUGGAAAGAGCCCCUACCUCUACCCACUGUACGGCCUGGGGGAGCUGCCACAGGGGUUCGCCCGGUUGAGUGCGAUCUACGGUGGGACGUACAUGCUGAACAAACCGGUGGAGGACAUCGUGAUGGAGGACGGACAUGUGGUUGGAGUCAAGUCUGAAGGAGAGGUGGCGCGUUGUAAGCAGCUGAUCUGUGACCCCAGCUACAUCCCGGGCCGUGUGCGCAAAGCAGGACAGGUCAUCAGGGCCAUCUGCAUCCUCAGCCACCCCAUCAAGAGCACCAACGACUGCAACUCCUGCCAGAUCAUCAUCCCCCAGAACCAAGUCAACCGCAACUCAGACAUCUACGUGUGCAUGAUCUCUUACGCUCAUAACGUAGCAGCGCAGGGCAAAUACAUCGCCAUCAUCAGUACCACGGUGGAGACCGCGGAGCCAGAGGCCGAGAUCCAACCAGCGCUGGAGCUGCUGGAUCCCAUCGACAAGAAGUUUGUGGCCAUUAGUGACCUGUACGAGCCGACAGACGAUGGAUCCGAGAGUCAGAUAUUUGCGUCGCGGUCCUACGAUGCCACCACUCACUUUGAGACCACCUGCAACGACAUCAAAGACAUCUACAAGCGCAUGACGGGCUCCGAGUUCGACUUUGAGAACAUGAAACGCAAACAGAACGACGUGUUCGGGGAGGACGAGCAGUGA